AUGCUCGGCGGUCCCAACUCCCCCACGGAUGUCGAGAACAUGUGCCUGCCAGCAUUGCAGAAGGGUGACCAAACGACUCGUUUAGGCGGCAAACGUAUUUAUCCCCGUGCACUUGAUGGUCAAGGAACAAAUUGCGGGCUGGACAACGAUGCAUAUGCGUGGCAGUUCCAUGCCGCGGCUGGUUCGCACACCGCGACGCAGAGCAAAGCAUCCUUGCGAGUUUAUUCCGCAGAAGAUCAUGGCAAGUUGUACGAAGGCUUGGCUGGGCGGCCACAUUUGACAGGGCCUCCACGGCCCUACGACACACCGCGCCGCCGCUUCCCUGGGGCCAAUGUCUCGCAAGUGGAUGGGCUUCUUCGAGAUGACCGUACGCCUUUGGCCUCCGAACAUCCCUCACAGUACGGAGAGCUCUUCAAUGGAGCUGCUGGAGUUCACGGCCACUGGUUGCUAAAGCCAAAGGGUGAAGACCUGCAGCAGAGCGGUGGCUGCGGUGGAGCUGGCCCGUCGCAGGUGGACGAAAUAGUCCUUGGACACGACAUCGACGGCUCCACGAGUUCGGCCUUGAAGCAGCUCUUGAACUUGGAGGGAGCGGCCGGUUGCAAAAGCAUUGGCGUGGCUCCAAAGCUCGAGGGCAAAAGAUCCGUUCCGGGUGGAGGAGACUCGCAAGUGGACGAGCUGAUAUGGGGCACUGAUGUCGACGGCUCCUCGGAUCCAGCACUUGUGAAGGCCAAGGACCAGCUCUUCCAGGGGGCAGCAGGAGGAAAGAUGCCACUCACAAGCCGAGGUAGGCGGCACGUGCAAGCGGAGCCAAGCGGACCCGCGCCGAAGUCGGAGGGUCGUCGCCAUCAUGAAGGACCUGCAGAUCGAGUGGCCGUUUUGCUGGGUGUCAGGGCAAAAGGGAAAAGUCGGAAACGUGCUCCUCUUUGUCCC